CCUAUUUCUACAAUAGGUUUUAUCAAACGUCACUUGUACACCAUUUUUUUUGGCUUGCUACAUCGUGCAGUUCACACCACAUCUUAAGAUGUCAAGGCAUGGGCAUACACGAUCAGCGUCCUCUCAAAUAAUAGAUGAAGAUCUGCAGAAAGCCAUCCAACGCUAUGAAGAUUUUACCACCACAGAUUGGGUAAAGGAUGCAGUCCAUGAGCGUCAGCGAAAAUCGGCAUUGCAAUCUAUGAACAAAAACUCUGAUUCUUGGCGUUCGUGGUGGGCUUUGACCUUCGAAUCAGCGCAAACCUGGAUUGUUAUAUCGCUAGUUGGAGCAACCAUUGGCCUUAACUCGGCGCUCAUUGCCAUUAUCACUGAUUGGCUUUCAGACAUAAAGAUGGGAUAUUGUUCAACAGGAUGGUGGCUCAAUCAAAAGUUUUGUUGUUGGGGAAUCGAAGAACACGAUGGUACAUGUGAAUAUUGGACAAACUGGAGCGAGCCUCUUGCAUUAGGGAGAGACGUUUUUGUCGUUAAAUGGAUAUUCUAUAUAGCUUGGGCGACAUGCUUUGCCGGAACGUGCGCCUUCUUGGUUAAACACUUUGCCCCUUAUGCAGCCGGUUCUGGUAUUUCAGAGAUAAAGUGUAUUCUUGCUGGCUUCACAAUGAAAGGAUUUUUAGGCGGGUGGACACUUUUGAUGAAAAGUGUUGGUCUGGCGCUGGCGGUAGCAUCCAACCUCAGCAUUGGAAAGGAAGGUCCAUCCGUUCAUAUGGCAUGCUGCGUUGGCCAUGUAGUAUCGAGAUUAUUUGCAAAUUACCGUCAGAACAAAGCGAAAAUGAGGGAAAUAUUAUCCGCAUCCAGUGCAGCAGGUGUUGCGGUCGCCUUCGGCUCACCUAUUGGUGGUGUUCUUUUCUCACUUGAAGAGAUGAGUGCAAACUUCCCAAACAAGACGAUGUUACGCAGCUUCUUUUGUGCAUUGAUUGCAACAAUGGUGCUGCAAGCAAUGAACCCUUUCCGAACAGGAAAGCUUGUUAUGUUCCAAGUCACUUACGAUCGGGACUGGCAUUUCUUCGAAUACGUUUUUACCGUCAUCAUCGGUAUUUUUGGAGGAUUAUAUGGCGCUUUUGUCAUAAAGUUUAAUAUGAAAGUGGUUGAAUAUCGCAAAAAAUAUCUCAAAGACUACGCAAUCGCUGAAGCGGCGGUUUUGGCUCUAGUUACAGCCAUCAUCGCCUACCCCAAUGUUUUCCUUAGGAUUGACAUGACAGAAAUCAUGGGUAUUCUUUUCAGAGAAUGUGAAGGACCGGAAGGAGAGGAUUAUUAUGGACUUUGUCAACAAAGUGAAGUUGGUCGUAUGAUUACUCUCCUGCUAUUUGCCACUAUACUGAGAACAGUAGGGACUAUAUUCAGUUAUGGAUGCAAAGUUCCAUGCGGUAUUUUUGUGCCCUCUAUGGCUAUCGGAGCUACUUUCGGUCGAAUGCUUGGGUUGAUUGCAAAAAGCUGGCAGUCCGCAUAUCCAGAUUUCUUUCUUUUUGCAUCAUGUCAGCCAGAUGUUCCGUGUAUUACUCCCGGAACUUAUGCAUUUCUAGGUGCAGCAGCUGCAUUGUGUGGUGUCAUGAGAAUUACAGUGUCCGUUGUGGUCAUCAUGUUCGAACUGACUGGACGUGUCACAUAUAUUCUGCCAUCCAUGAUUACACUGAUUGUUACAAAAGCAACUGCCGACUGGUUUGGUAAAGGCGGCAUUGCCGACCGCUACAUACAGGUUAAUGGGUACCCGUUCUUGGAUAAGGAGGAGCAUUCGUUUGGCGUGCCGGUUUCUCACGUCAUGCGACGAGACCCAGUUGUUAUGACAGCGAGUGGUAUGAAGCUGCAUGAAAUUGAAACUAUUUUCCACGAUACUCAGUUCAAAGGCUUCCCUGUCGUGCAGGACAAAACAUCAAUGACUUUAGUUGGUUAUAUUGGCAGAUCAGAAAUGCUUUACUUAAUUGAAAAAGCAAAACGAAUUAACAGAGCUCAUAGCGACACAAAGUGCGAUUUCCGACCUGUCGAUGACGAUAAUGGUGUGGAGGUCAUUGCGUCCUACUCUGAGGAAACACAAGAUUUUGACGAGCCCAACAGUGAAACAGAGGUCAUCAACUUCGGUCCCUAUGUGGAUCAGACCCCCAUAACCGUUCGCCCACAGUUCUAUCUUGAGACUGUCAUGGAUUUAUUCAAGAAAAUUGGCCCUAGGAUAAUAUUGAUUGAAAACCUUGGCAAAGUCGUAGGACUGAUCACUGUCAAGGAUGUCCUCAGAUAUAUCGCGCAAAUUGAAAGGCGAGAUCAGAAAUCUGACCAAGGCUCGUGGAAUUCCUGGCUGGAACAGCGGAAUUGGCACCUGUCAAGUUACACGCGCGUAUUCAGUAGAGAUAGCGAGGAGAACCACGAACUUCAGCAACAAACAUAAUUGUAUUUUAUAACAAAACAUUAUAAUAACAGAGCUAUGGUCACAGAGCCAUGAUAAAACAAUUUCUCCCAGAAUUUAAGUGA